GGAAGAGUCAAAGGAGUGCAAUGCUGACCUCUAGAGGCAAAGAGACAAAUUGAUGGCAAGUUCCAAGUUGACUGCAGAGGGAGGAAGCCCACAGAUUGUCCUUAAAAACAGCAAAAAAGAGGCAGGUAAGUGAGACACACCUAUUCUAUGUUCUACAUUUUCCAAUGGCAGAUACUGGAACAGAUGGUUGGAGUGGAGGUACAGAGGUCCUGCAUCAUGCUAGAGCCUUUAGGGCAAUUUAUAUACGGUACCCCCAAAACUCCACAAUGUGGACUUGGUCAAUAUCACUGACUCAUAAAAAAACGCGUGUACUUGUUGACUCUCAAGGAUUUCAAGCAAAUGGGUUUCGCAACAUAUGAAACAUCUCAAUAAAUCUAAUUUCAUUUGUGCUUGCGUUGGCGUGGAGGCCAAGCGGGGGGGGCACCAGAUCAAUGGUUCAGUGUUUGAGGCAUAAAAGGAGUAAUGUGCCCUAGAUAGAAGGCUUGUUUAUGCCCCAGCGCCACGCAGCUGAGGGACCCGGGCAGCCAUCCAUGGCCUCGACAAUGCAAGAUGGAAAAUCAUUCCCAUCGUACUGUGCAUCGUCUUCCGUAAUCCGCCCAAUCCUUGUCACCGGAAGCAGUGGCGUGGAAAUGAUGUCAUGGCAUCCCUUCAAAGCCCCGAUGAGGUGUCCAUCCAGAUUGCUGCAAUGUCACCCCGUCACAAAGUUGGCAUGAAAAGUGACCGAGACAUCGAUGGAGCUGUGAGGAAGCUGUACUGUCGUCGUCAUCGCACACGGUGGAACAUGACAUGCUGACCCCCAUGACCUCCAUGACACCGUGCAGAUAUGGAGACCACUACAGAGAUGAUGCGAGAUCCCUCACACUAUGUUGCUGUCUUGGCUCAAGUGACAGAAGUGUGUGCUUCUUGAGAGGCCAUUAGUCCUCCCAGACCACAGGGGGCAGUGGCAGACAUGCAGGGCUCAGCCUUGGAUGGCAAAAUGGCCAAACAGGAGCAGAAUUCCAAGCUUCUGGAUGAAGUCAAAGAAAGCGAUGACACAUCUGAGAAGACAUCCCCAAACAGGAACCUGAAAUCACCACAGAAAAGCUCCAAGCGACUUAAAACGACCCCAUUUAAAGUAGCCCUGCUGGAUUUGUCCGAUUUCAAAGGAGACAUUGAGAAACACUCCAAAGGACAGACGCUGAUAGACGUGGUGUGCGAGCAUCUCAACUUGCUGGAGAAGGACUACUUUGGCCUAACCUUUGCAGACGCAGACACCCAAAAGAACUGGUUGGACCCCUCCAAGGAAAUCAAGAAACAGAUGCGCAACUGUCUCUGGCACUUUGCCUUUGCCGUCAAGUUCUACCCUCCAGACCCCUCUCAGCUCACCGAAGAUAUUACCAGAUACUACCUAUGUCUGCAGCUGAGGGAUGACAUGCUGUCAGGUCGUCUGCCGUGCUCGUUUGUCACCCACGCCCUGCUGGGUUCCUAUACGGUUCAAGCAGAGCUCGGCGACCAUGAUCAGGAUGAGCACGGCUCCGACUAUGUCAGCGAUUUCCAUUUUGCACCCAAUCAAAGCCGCGAGCUGGAGGAGAGAGUGAUGGAGCUCCAUCGGAACUACAAGGGUAUGACUCCAGCGGAGGCGGAAAUUAACUUCUUGGAGAAUGCAAAGAAAUUGUCCAUGUACGGGGUGGACCUACACCAUGCUAAGGAUUCGGAAGGCAUCGACAUAAUGUUGGGUGUCUGCGCCAACGGCCUGCUGGUGUACCGUGACAGGCUGAGGAUCAACCGCUUUGCUUGGCCGAAGAUCCUUAAGAUCUCCUAUAAGAGGAGCAACUUCUAUAUUAAGAUACGACCCGGAGAGUAUGAACAGUUUGAAAGCACUAUUGGUUUUAAGCUUCCCAACCACCGAGCUGCCAAAAGGCUGUGGAAAGUCUGCAUUGAGCAUCACACCUUCUUCCGGUUGGUUUCUCCCGAGCCUCCUCCUAAGGGCUUCUUGGUGAUGGGUUCAAAGUUCCGAUACAGCGGAAGAACGCAGGCUCAAACCAGACAGGCCAGCGCUCUCAUAGACAGGCCCGCUCCACACUUUGAACGAUCCACCAGCAAGAGAUACCUGCUGUCGAGAAGUUUGGAUGGAGAGUUCUCCCGGCCGGUGUCAGCCAUGUGUGAGAAUCACGAUGGCCUCUUCCACCACAGCGUGAGCGAGCAGCGUCAUCUCCACAGCCCAUCCGUGGAUGAGCAGGAGACUGAGCUGGAGCCCAGUUUGGAACAAGACGAGGAAGAUUUGGACCAGGAGCAGGGCCAGGACACGGAAAGAGAUGAAAACCAGGAUGGAGAUGUUACUCCCAGCAAGAAGAAAGAAAUUAUGGAUGAGGCUGUAUCGCCAGUUGGCAGUAAACAGGAGUUUCUGGAUAAGUCACAGGAUGUCUUGCUAAAGCACCAAGCCAGUAUCAAUGAGCUGAAGCGAGCCCUGAGGGAGCCCAACAGCAAGCUGAUGAGCCGUGAGAAGCGUCUGUCAGCAACCUCGCCACCCGGCACACCAGAUAAAAAAGCUUUGGGAGGCCGAGCGGUGGCAGCAGACCCCAUUAACAGCCUCUUUGUUGAGGGGUUCAUCCAGAAGAAUCUGGCGACUUCACCUGAGGGCUCUGAGGAGUGGGUAUUGAUUGAAAAACAAGACCAUGACUGGAAAGUGAAGGAAAAUAACUCUCCCACAUCUGAUUCCUCCUGGGAGAAAAAACAACAGGAAAAAGUGAUACACAAUGCCAAGAUGAUGCAUAUUGAGGUGACAGGGUCUGACAGAAAAGAAAUGAAAAGCCACAUUGAUGAAUUUCCAUCAACAAAAACAGCCAGAGAGUCGGCUAUGUUUUCUGAGCAGCGGCCCACUAGCAAAGGUCGUUUUGAGAUUCAAUUAUUGGCAAAUGCGGACUUAUCUCAAGACAAAUCUCCAAGAAAACCGUCUGAAGCUUCAAGCUCUGCGCCAAAGGACAACAAGACCGAGGUCUCGCACCAGAUGAAGGAAUAUACGGGUUCAAAGUCGAGAAAAAAGAGGAGACCCCAGAGCCUAAACGUCGGAAUACCUCCAGACCUUGUAUCUGGGAAAGGAGAAAGCGAUUCGACUGCAGAGGAAAACGAGGACUCGGAUGAUAAUUCGGAUAAAACAUCCGAAACAGGAUAUUAUUGUCAAUCGGUAGCAGCGGAGAUGGUGAAAGUUAACCGGGAAGCAGAAAAGACUGAGACCUUCUGGGGCUAUGAAGAGGGCAAAGAGAACCAAGUGUCAGGAGAAUGUCAGGGUGUUUUCAGUGAAGAUACAGAACAACCUAAAGGAAGUCGGAACCAGGUUGGCCCGGCAGAAAUAAACGGACCUGGAAAAGUCGACACUGACAUCUCAUUUUCCGGUAUAAAAGGGGAGGGUGUAAUUAAGAUAAGGGGAAAGGGCUUCAUUGACAAUAAAGAGCUAGCAGAGGUAAAACUGCGACAGGUCAGGACGCAUGAGAGAAAGAUAAGUAGCUCCGGAGCGGAGGAUAUCGAAGGUCUCCUGGGAGACAGACGUCAGAGAACUUCUCUCCACCGGUUGUCAGGCGGCCAUCAGUCGGAAAUAACCAGGAUUGUUCCUCUCAAACCAGAGCGGUCAAAGAGCAUAGCGUGUAAGGAUGACAGGGACAAGACCGGACAGGCUGAGCUCACACGUAAUAUAAGACGAGAAUACCGCUGGUCGGUUGGCUCUCCAGAUGGAACCUCGGACCUCAACUGGACUGACGUCUCCACGCUCCAUCCGGCAUUUGAAACUGAUGUGGAAAGCAUCACGAAGCAAGAGCAUUCUGAUGAUAGCUACCAGCCCUGCAGAGGGUCCUCAGAAAGUCAGAUUUUUACCUCAAAGAACUCAUCGCUUCCUAAAAUGAUUCCUCCGGCUCCACCGGUGAAAACGCAGAAGGCCAGAGAAUCAGGACUCAUACUACGCAACAGCCGGAAUGCGGUCAGAGAGCCGAAGCUCGAAGCAGCCAAGAAGAGACUUUCGGAGCCAGUCCCUGCACCCUUUGUUUGUGAUGAGCCAUUCACUGAUUCCAAGAAGGAGCUGAGUGACAGCAAGCCCGAGGCAAUUGUAACUCCCGAGGAGGAACAGGAGCGGGAUAAUUUGGGCUGCAUAAGACAGCCCCACUUGGGCAUUGAACGCAAGUGCUCCAGCAUGACAGUCAGCUCCACAUCGAGCCUAGAGGCUGAGGUCGACUUCACCGUCAUCACAGACCUCCAUCCUUGCAUGGACGACAUGGCUAAAGGCUUGUCCGACUCAGGAGCCAAGGAGAGGCAGCCCGAGGUGGCACGGGAGGACUUUGAAGAAACGUCCAGGUUCUACUCGGCGUGUCUCAUGGGCUCAAGGGACAAAUCUCCCAUAGAGAAACCCCCUGAAGAGGGACUCUUUCAUGAGCCGCCUGUGGCAAAGAGAGACGCCAGCGCUGUGAGUAUGGCCCAGAUGCUUAAAAGGGCCGACUCCAAGACGGAGUCUCACACCAAUGGAUCGGAGGUUCAAAUGAAUACCAUCAACGUCUCACCACAGAAGCGCUCCUUCACACAAGAGGCCCCAGUCAGCCUGAAAGAAAAUGGAUCACCUAUUAAAGCCAACGUCCAAGGUAAAGAGCUUAUUGUGUCCCCGCUGAGCAUCACUGCUGAAAGUGUCACCACUGCAACCACAACUCAAGUAACCAAGACAGUCAAAGGAGGAUACUCAGAGACGAGAAUUGAGAAAAGGAUUAUCAUCACAGGCGAUGAUGAUGUAGACCAACAUCAGGCUCUUGCCAUGGCGAUCCAAGAGGCCAAGCAGCAGCAUCCUGACAUGCUGGUGACAAAAGCAGUUGUUAUUAGGGAGACGGAGUCUCCCACUGAGGAACUACAGAAGUCCUGAUUGGACAUGGUGGCUCCUGAGGCGGGGGACAUGAGAGGAUCCUCUCCCGGUGCAGCAUGCCACCAAUCUGAUAAGAGGACUUUGUACUCCUAAAGACUACCUACACUGACAGAACAGACUGUGAGCCACGAUGCAGUAGAUCGCCUCCUCUGUCCUUUGAGACAAACCGACUGUGACUCUGCUCCAACUCUGACUCUGAUCCGGACUCCUGUUCCCGUCGCAGCCUAUAUCAAACCCGAUUGGUCAGAGAGGAUCAUCUAUUGGAGGAUUAUUUGGUUAGAGGAUUUGGCGACAGUUUUUUCAGUGAGAUUUAUUGCAUUUGCGCUUUACUGCCGAUCCCCUUUGCCUCAUUAACAUUUAUUUACAAAUGACUUCUUCUUAUAUUACAAUCAUCUUCUCUCAUAGAUGACAUGAAAUGAUAACAUAUAUAUAUAUAUAUAUAUAUAUAUAAAGCUCAUGGAUUAGAUAAAAGAAGCGGCGCAAUGCUGGUGAUACAGGUUUCACCAUGUUGACACUUUUCGGUUAAUGGCACCUUCAACAGUCUUACAAACUUUUUACAUUUUUAUCAGAAGAACAUUAAACUUCUGUCCAGUGUUUGCUCGAUACGUAAAUCAGUAUACUAUCAGAUUAUUAUAAUCUGCAUGAUUCAAUUACAAAAUCGGAGAAGGUAUAUAUAUAUAUAUAUAUAUAUAUAUAUAUAUAUAUAUAUAUAUAUAUAUUUAAAUACACGGAUGGUCUCACGAAAGCAAAGAAAGACAUUUUUAUGUUGGGAAAUGAAUUGGUCCUCUAUGCAGCACUGACAUGACGAGUCAAGCAACUUCCAAAAAAACCUCCACAGAUUAUUGGACCAAAUUGUGGUGGACUCUUUUUUCGGAUUUUCAGGGACUCUGGUAUAAAACUGAGACAUUCGUGGGGGAUUUUACCUUGCAAGCUGUCUUCAACUGUUGAGAAUGAUUAUUCUCAUUCCAUUUCUGUCAUCACUAUUACAGCAUUCUUUGAAAUGUUCUGUUUCUGGGUCAGGGGCUAAUGAAUUAUAAAUGUUUAAUAUGUUUUAGAAAUGUUUAUGCACUUGUUUUUUUUUUAAAUUCUUCUAAAAGGCCUAAUUCUACUUCAUUUGGCUUACAGGAUCCAAUAUGGUUUACAGUACAUGUUAUACUCUGAUGUUGGACUUUUCAUUCUUUGGAUGCUUAUAAUGUACCUUUUGUUACUUUGCUAUAGGUGCUUUGUGUAGUGGCAACAUUUGGUUUGCAAUUAACUCAAUUGAAUUCCAACAGAAAAGCAGUCCUGCUCAUUUUGUUCCAUCAAAUCCAUGCUGGGAGUACAAUAUGUAUUUUUACUGUUACUUUUAACAUCACAAUGAUGUUGCAUAUUCUAAAAACUAUUGUGACCUUAUUAUUCCAAAUUGAGUUAUGACGUUUUGGAGCCCUAUUCAUCAGUGUCAGAAAGAAUACAUGACUGGGAGUGGCACUUAUUGCUUUUGUGACCUUAACAUGCUUGCUGCAUGAAAGUCAACUAUGUGAACCACUACACUACCGACAACAAAAUCUGUAAAAAUUAAUUUUUCACUCUUUUUUAACGUUUUUGGAUGUGAGAAAGAAGCGAGACUAUAAGGGCUGGGGAGCUGUUGUGUUUGUUAAUUCUGAAGGUAGCUCAUGUUUACCUUCCAUUUUGAAUAUCAGGCACAUUUGAUUUGAGUGCAGUGAUUUAUAUAGUGUACCUGACAUUUGAACACAUUCAUAAUUUCCCUGUGAUUGACAUGUGAUCAGUUCAACUUUUUCUACAUGAUCAACCUCUGUCGACAUAGUAACACAGAAGAAUGGGUGUAUACUGUAUCUGUAUAGGACCAUUAAUAUCCUUUACAGUACAUAAACCUCCUUUAUACCAAUUCUUUUUCAGUGUUUCCCACAGGACUGCAAUCUCGGGAGCCCACAGCAGCUCGUUGAGAAGAGACAUCCGUGUGUUCAAUAGUCUCUUCACUAGAUUUGUCACUUUUUUAAAAAGAAUAUCUAGUAGGGUCUGAUUAAAAAGUCACUAAUCCCUUAUUUUUAUUAUUGUCUUAUUAUUCUCAACAGCUGUGUUUAAAGUGCAGAGUUACAAUGUGUACAGUUACUGUACAGAGCUGUGUCAACCACAGACAGUCCCAUUAUAAUGUGUUCAUGAGUGAGGGCCAACUCUUAUUUGCGGCAGUCCAAAUACAUGAAUGUACGGGAAACACUGUUUUUCAUAGUUUUUUUCUGUUUGAAGUAUUAUUUAUUGCAGUACUGAUUGUGAGGCCUGUGCUUUCUCUUCCAGUUUAGACAGUGCUGAAUACUUCUUGGAUGACCUUCAAUACUAUACCUUGCUUGCAUUGCUACCAUCCACAUGAAUCCCUCUGAUAGACCCCGAGCCGCGUUGCCGUCGGUGUUAAUCUUGUGCUUCUGGUAACCGAAGCGAUGGAGCACGCUGCUUGUGAGACUCGCAAUAAGCAGACAUUUAUACUUAUCAGCUGUCCUCUCAAAGGGAGAAAACUGUGAACUGUAAUUCUUAUCGAAGUGUAAUAAAACGCUACAGCACGCAGUCAGUGAUAGUUCAAGCUGAACCGACAGCUUGUGAUACUCUCUUUGUCCGGUCCUUACAUCCUGUCCCACUACUGAAUAGAUAAACAGUAUAUAUGAUAUACCAGGCUGCAGCUGCAUGCAGCACUCGCGCUUUAGACUGGGGAUAAUAUCUGCUGUAGGGCAAACUACUUAAGACUAUGAUGAUGAAGAGUUUCCACACGCCAUGUGCUGAAAUGGAGCCUAGAUGAGCCUUACUUAUUUAUAUAUAUUCAUAUUUCUGAGUGUUAUCCGGUAGAAUAAGAAAUGUCACAACUAGAAGCUAGGAAUUUCAUAUAAAUAUUUGUCUUAUAAUUGGAGUGCAGGAGCCAGAGCCCCUGUGCAGAUGAUGACAAGGCACAUACAGACAAAAAAAUGGCCUAGUUGAGUGUGUAUAGUUCUCUGGAAAGGAUGUGACUGUGAAUAAAUCUAAGUUAGUUUAGCAAGUUGCAGAAGUAUAUUGGUACAGUUCAAGUACAAAUCAGCAUUAGUACAAAUAAGGGAAAUAAGCUUUGUUCCGCCCUAAGCAUUAAACACAAUUCACCUUCAAUUCUAAAGGCUUUUGUAAUACAUUGCAUGGUGGUGUGUAUGUGCUGUAUUAUGCUUUCAGUCUUCAAUGAAAACAUACAUGCAUAAAUAAAUGUCUCGAUAUGGUACAAA